AUGCCACCCAAGAAGCUACCACCACACACAUCGCUGCAGAAGCCGCAAACACCGACGCCACAGCAAAAGCAACAAGCACAGAGUGCUCCUAAACCCAAUGCCAACAAUGCAUCUUCCACUCCUACCAGCAAACCAGCCAUCCCAGAGCAUGAAGUGAAACAAAGCUCGUCCGUGAGCGCGCAGCUCGCCCUCGAAGCCGCAAAGAAAGCCUACGAACUCCGUCAAGCAGCGUAUGCAGCCGGGGAUCCACACGCCCGCGAAGAAAUCCUUGCCAAAGCCAUCAACAAGGAGAUCGAGGCCGAAUCUUUUGGCAAGGCCGCGAAAUAUACUCGCUCGGGCGCGUUUCAGGGCCUUGCGGCCGGUGCUGGCCUCGGCAUUCAGCCCGGCGUCACUCUGGGGAAAUUGACCGGCGCGCUGGUAGGCGGUGUGGUGUCUUCGGCAGGCGCUCUGCUGGGAGGUGGUAUUGGAUCUGCAUACGGAGCGGUCAGCGGUCCAUUCUGGGAUUUGGGCCAGAUGGCAAGCCACGCCAAGUCAGAAGAAGGCGCUGCGGAAGAUGGUGUCGGAGGCGCGGCAGACGAGGGCUCCGAACCAAGAAGAAUUGGAGGAGAGGCGGGACGACGGCGGAGGUCGAAGUCAGGAGGGUUACCAGCAAUGGGCCAAGGAUUUGACAAGCUAUAUCCCGAGUACGGCAUCGAUGCCUUCAAUGCCUUCAGUGCCUUCAUCAAAGACCACGACAGCGUCAAAUCAGAACCAGCAAUCAAAAGCACCAGUAAAGCCUCAGGCGCCUUCAAAGCCUCAACCUGCUCCUCCAGAAACACCUGGUCAGACGCCCAAGUCACAAUUCCAAUCAAAUGGAAAUGGAAAUGCGCCGAGGAGGAAGCAGAAGAAGCUAGAGAUCAGAUCGACAAGAACCACUUCACAGUCCAGCCAAUCCGUCACUCGAAGAAAGCCACCCAAAUUAGAGACGCGAUCGAAAACCCCGACAGCAAACGCAUGAAUUAG